UCAGGCAGAGGCGGGUCGCAUGGAGGCCACCAUAAGCUCAAGAAGGCUGCAACCCUCGAACGUUACAAGCACUGGUAUCACUUGCUUUGCGUUUGAUGCUUAGUAUCAGGUGGAAUUUUGGGAGUCCGGUGACUCAAGUGUAGUUAAGGUGAGGCGAACCAAAAACAAGGCGACAGACAGCUUGCAGGGCGGGGCCAUUACCUUCGACCUCACUUCUUGCUGCAAGGCUGCACGGUUCGACUGAUCCACACUGCCUGCUUUGAUAUUCUUCCACAGUUCUAUAACAGCUGCAACCACAAUGCGACAUGGCACUUAGCGAUCCUCCUUCGAAGGACCAAAUCACUGACCGACCGCUCCGCCGCCGUGACCAUCAAUCCAUCCGCGAUGCACAGACCAAUAGUAAUACCAAGCAUGACAUCUCGAAGGACGACGGCAUCUUUCGCUUCUUCGACCUACCCCGGGAGAUGCGUGAUCAAAUCUACGACGAAAGUCUCACAUUCAAGCAAAAGUACCAGUCCCAGCACGGCAUUCGUCUACGUGGCAGACGGGUCGUAAACCCAGCCCUGCUGCUCGUAAGCAAGCAAUUCCACCAGGAGUACGUCGAGCGCGCGGAUCGAAAGACAACGCUCGUCAUCGUAGACCGCAACGUCUAUCACGGCGAACUUCUGGAGGUAUCGAAGCUUCCGAAGCAGCUGACGUGCGCCACCAAGCUCGAGAUUCAUCUUGCUCUCGCUUGUAACGGCGAGGCAGAUCAUAUCACAAAUGGCUGCCGCGUGCUAAAGGAGCUCCGGAUGCAUCGCAAGUGGAUUGUCGACCUCGUGCGGAAAAUGCGCCGCAUCGGUGCGAUCGAGAUUAAGGUCGUUCUGGAUCCGCGCGAUCAGGGUUCGGUAUGCGAGCGCAAAUUCAUUGAGCUGCAGUACCUCUUCACCAAUGUUGAGGAGCUGCAGCGUCUGGAGGUGUUCCAUGCCGAUUAUGGGAUGACGGGCGCGGACUGGAAUUUCCAGAAGUCACGAGAGCUGGUGAUGGAGUGGACGCAAGGGGCUUGUGAAGUGCGGAGGGUUGAGAUGCCGUCAGUGAAAGGAGAGGCAUCAAGUAUGGGGUCUGUAAGCGGUAAGGAAGAUUGAUGGCGCCGGCCAUAUGCUCAUGCUUGCCGCAGAGACUGGCUUUAGGAGUUUCGGGGCUGGCGAAGGGGUCUGGCGCUGAGGCAAGUGUUCAUUGCGCCAAUGCGCUGCGAUAUACCUUCAUCUAUGCUCUGUACUGCAGCCUAAUGUUUGACCACCUAAUUUGACAUUGUUCACACUACCCGUGCCCCACAGGCAGUCACUUAUCCACAUUUAUCUCACUUCGUCACACGGACAGCGGAUGGCCGAG